CACACCUGCUGCAGGUACGGGUGGAUUUGCAUUUGGAGGGUUUGGCACGCCAACAUCCACACCAGCCGCCACCAGUACCACAUCCACACUGGGAUUUGGGUCCAAUUUAUUUGCACAGAAGCCAGCAACUGGAUUCACCAUUAACACACCUGCCUCAGGUGCUGCUGCAUCCACUACUGGCCUUACUUUAGGGAGUCUUACCACCUCGACCGCUGCUUCUACUGGAUUCAGCCUGGGCUUCGGAAAGCCAGCAGCCUCC